AUGCUCCUCUUACGACGGCCAUUAAGGCCGGCCAGCAUAAAGUACGAUUCUGCGGUCUGUCUGGUCUGCCAAUGGCGUUCGUUCGGAUCUCCAGCUCGACGACUCAGCGAGAACGGACCGGCAGCACCUGAACCUCUAGCACCUCCCCCCCCUCCUCCACCAUCCGCCCUCGACGAUGCCCCACGAGCUUAUGGCAAAGCAGUCUCCGAAUUUACUCCCAAACCUCUGAACCGCCCAAUUGGGCUACCGAAGCCGCCGAGACCUGGGCAAAAUUUGAGGGUAGAUACAAGGACCUGGAGACAAAGGAGGGAUGACUUCGUGAACUAUGACAAACAUCUCGUCAGGCGGAAAGAGCUAACGCAGAAGAUGUCGACCCCGUACUUUCGAGAAUGGAGCAACAUGCGGCUCCACAAGGGGAAAUCCUUCCUCGCUCCCCCGGCCCUGUUCCGAGCGGAACGCGCGCUGUACUUCCCAAACCUGCACGGGCAGACCCUGCUGAAGGACAAGAAGCCGCGCGAUACGACGCCGGUCCUGGAAGAUAAGAUCUCAGUUGUGAGUGUCUUCAGCAGUGCCUGGGCCGAGAACCAAGCGGCCACGUUCGCGUCGGAGAAGCAGAACCCCGAGCUGCACGAGGCGCUGAAGAGCAGCGGUGGCGCUGCACAGCUGGUCCGGAUCAACUACGAGGAUAACGCUCUCAAAGCUAUGAUCGUGAGAAUGUUCAUGCCAAAUCUGAGAAAGCAGCUCGGUGUUGAUAACUGGGGACGCUACUUUCUCGUUAGGAGAGGUGUUACGGAUGAGAUGAGAGAUGCCAUCGGUCUGCUGAAUAGCAAGGUCGGCUACACGUAUCUCCUGGACUCCGAGUGUAAGAUAAGAUGGGCUGCAAGCGGACCUGCCGAAGGUGACGAGAAGGAGGGCUUGGUCAAAGGUGUAAGGCGCCUGGUGGAUGAACUGAAGAAUAAGAGAGCGAGCGUUGCAGCUCCCACGCCACAGCAGGUUGCAGGCACUCCAAAAGCGACACCUGCACGAAACCAGAAGAGGGCUUAG